AUGGUUGAUAUUGUUUUUAAUGACAACCUAGGAAUCGACAGUUUGUAUGAAAUGAAAUCGACACAUAAAUGGAUCUUUGAAAUUUUGGAAUGUAUGGCUGAAGUGACAAAAGAUGAUGAUCUCUCACAAGAUCAACUUGAUAUGGUACAGACUUCUAUCUUUAGAGCUAUACAGCAAGGGUAUUUUGAGUUUGUCCUACAGAUUUGCAAAGAAAAUUCAAAACUCUUGGGCCGACUACUUGAAGAGAAAAGAGUCAAAGGCAUGUUUCAUUUUGCCAUUGAAUCUCGUCAGAAGGAAGUUUAUAGUCUUAUCUACGAGCUUGAGGAAAAAGAAAGACGUGAUAUUGGAAUUUAUCUCGUGAAGGGGGACUAUAAUCUGCUACAUUGUGCCGCGAACUUAUCCUCACUUCCACAAUUUGUUCAUAUUCAAGAUGCAUCUUUACAAAUGCAAAGAGAACUCCAAUGGUUUAAGGAGGUGGAGAGUGUUGUACCUCCUGAAAUGUAUGAACAUCGAGACCGUUCAAAUGAUAUGACAGCACGAGAACUAUUUACCAAGAAUCACAAGAAAUUGUUGGAAGAUGCAGAGAUUUCUAUAAAAGGGACGGCUACUUCUUGUACAGUUGUAGGCGUUUUGACUGUUACGAUGAUGUUUGCUGCAGCAUUUACAGUUCCUGGUGGAAAUGAUGGUAACACAGGCCUCCCCUUGUUUCUAGAUCAUAAGUUGUUCAAGGUGUAUAUAGUUUCAGAUACUAUAUCACUUGUUUCUUCCACGAGUUCAUAUGGUAAUAGCGUUUUCUUGUGCGCUUAUCCUUAUGCCAAUGGAUUGUUAUGUUAA